AUCCCAUAUGAUUCUCAAAUUAUUGUAUACAAGUAAGAUUCAAUAUAACACAAAAAUAGAGAUUAUUCAACAUUUUAUUUUAUUACGAGAAAAUUCUAUUAUCGGUCUCUGAAGGUGAACACUGUCUAGUGUCUAGUGUAAAUAUGCUGUAAUUCAAAAGAUAUCUUCCACGUAAAAAUAAACAAAUAAAUCUAAUGUUGGAAAGUAAUUUUACAAAAAGCAAAAAUAAUGAAUAUCCGCAGAGCAGAGAAAUGCGAGUGAUGUCGUCGUCGUUGGCGUUGCAUUAGAUUCUUCCCUUGAUUGGAAUUUGGAAACAAACUGAAACGGCUGCACCACUCACUCACUAACCAUGGCCACCCUCCAUCUCCAUCUCCUCCUCCUCCUCUCUCUCCUCCCCUUCUCCCUUUCUCUCUCAAACCCAUUCGGAUUCGACUACAGCAUACACAUUGACUGCGGCAGCCACGCCGAUUCCACCGACGCCUUCCACACCACCUGGCUCUCCGACCGCUUCCACUCCGGCGGCGCCACCUCCGUCGUCUCCGAGCCUCUCCAUUUCCGCCACCUUCAGGAGAAGACGCUCCGCUACUUCCCCAUUUCCUCCGGCAAGAAGAACUGCUAUUCCAUCCCCACCCCAGCCGCCGGCCGCUACUACCUCCGCACCUUCACCGUCUACGACAACUUCGACGGCAAGUCCCACUCCCCCUCCUUCGACGUCUCCGUCGAGGGCACUCUCGUCUUCUCAUUUCGCUCCCCGUGGCCCGAAUCUGUCUCCCGCUCCGGCGCCUACUCCGACCUCUUCUUCCACCACAACGACUCCACCGCUGACAUAUGCUUCUACAGCAUCGCUACCGAUUCCCCGCUCGUGUCCUCGCUUGAACUCACUCGAAUCGACGAUGAUGCCUAUCCUUUCGACUACGGCAAGAAUUCCAGCAAUUAUAUUCUGAUCAAUUACGGCCGCUUCUCCUCCGGCUCCGAUCAAUGGGGCCCUGGAUUCAGCAACGACACCGACGUCUUCGGCCGGUCGUGGCUGUCCGACUCCGAAUUCCGGUUGAAAUCCGUCUCCAUCACUAACGGAGCAACAAUCAAAGCCAUUUCCGCAAUCAAGGCUAUUGCUAGGGCAGACAAAAGCCCCAAUUACUUCCCUGGAAAGCUCUACGAGACGGCGAUCACGGCGUUUGAAGUUGGGGGUAGCGGCGGCGGGGUGCUGGAAUACGAGCUGCCAGUGGACGCCAAGCUGGAUUACUUGUUGUGGUUUCACUUCGCGGAGAUUGACGUCAGCGUGACUAGGGCGGGGCAGAGGGUUUUCGAUGUGGUGGUGAAUGGGGAAAAUGUGAAGAGGGUGGAUGUGUACAAGGAGGUUGGGGGUUUCACGGCCUACGAUUUCAGCUUCGUUGUGAAGAAUUUGAGUACUACUACUUUGACAGUGAGGCUGGAGCCCGUUGCUGGCGCGCCUGUGAUUUGUGGCCUUGAGAAUUAUGCGAUUGUGCCGGUUGAUGUCCGGACUGCGCCUGAUCAGGUUGUGGCUAUGAGAGCGUUGAAGGAGUCGCUUCAUGUGCCUGACAGGAUGGGCUGGAAUGGAGAUCCUUGUGCCCCUACCGUGUGGGAUGGAUGGGAAGGUGUUACGUGCCAUCCUACCAAGGAUGAAUCUUACCUCGUUGUAACUCAAAUAGAUCUUGGGAGCCAAGGAUUGAAAGGUUUUAUCAGUGAUCAAAUUGGACUCUUGGCCGACUUGGUAAGCCUGAACUUGAGUUCUAAUUCUUUAGGAGGCAAUUUACCCUCAGGAUUGGGUCGACAGUCGCUGGUGAAACUGGACUUGUCGAACAACAAGUUUAUAGGUUUUAUACCAGACAGCCUAACUUCGUCUAGUUUGCAACUUGUAUUGUUGAAUGAUAACUUACUGGAAGGAGAAGUUCCAGAAGAACUAUAUUCGGUUGGGGUCCAUGGUGGAACCAUUGACCUCUCUGGUAAUAAAGGGUUAUGUGGCUUAACUUCUCUUCCGAAGUGUCCGCUCUUUUGGGGGAGAAGUGGCUUAUCGACUGGUGGCAAGCUCGCGAUAGGUCUGUCUUGUCUGAUCAUCGUUUCUUCGGUUGUUCUUGGAUCAUACUAUUUCUGCAUCAGGAGGCGGCACAGCCACUACGACUUUGCUCUGCCCCACGAAUUAGCAUCACUCUCUGCAAAAAGAAACAGAUAUCAACGGCAGAAAUCAUUGAUGGUUCUUGAAAUGGAAAGCCAACAUGCCAAAGGAUUCAUUCCAACGUACGGUCCGAAUUGAUAGAUAUCAGCUCUUCCUAUACAAGAAGAGAACACCAAUUUUGACAGGUAAAUCAGCUCGACACACUAUGAUACAAUGAUGUCGCUCAAGAUUGAGAUCGCGGUCGAGGCAAGCUCGUAAUGGCACACUACAUUGUCUUAAGAAAAAUCACAUUGUAUGUAGAGUGUAUCCUUGCUGACUCCAUAUUGGUUUUGGCCAUUUAGUCUACAAAGCUCGCGGUGUUCAAUUCCUGCUUCUUUUUCUUCAAUGAAUGUAGAUCACCAUCAAUUUGUUUGGUCUAUUUCUUUCUCAUCUAUUAUAGUGUUCUUCAUCA